AUGUCUGGUGAUAUGUUUUCUAUGCCUGCUUCAAUAGGAGGGUUUGUUGAAGACCAAAAUAAUGCAAACCCUAACCCUAAAUCUAAUCCUAAUCCUGUUAAGAAGAAGAGAAAUCUUCCAGGGACUCCUGAUCCAGAUGCUGAAGUUAUUGCUUUAUCUCCCAAAACUCUUAUGGCUACAAACAGAUUCAUAUGUGAAAUAUGCAACAAAGGUUUCCAAAGAGACCAAAACUUACAGCUUCAUCGCAGGGGUCACAAUCUUCCAUGGAAGCUCAGGCAAAGAACCAACAAAGAAGUUCGGAAGAAGGUUUAUAUUUGCCCUGAGAAAACCUGCGUUCACCAUGAUCCAUCCAGAGCACUUGGCGACCUCACUGGAAUAAAGAAACAUUAUAGCAGAAAACAUGGAGAGAAGAAGUGGAAAUGUGAGAAAUGUUCAAAGAAAUAUGCUGUUCAAUCCGACUGGAAAGCUCACUCCAAAACUUGUGGCACUAGAGAGUAUAAGUGUGACUGUGGGACACUAUUUUCCAGAAAAGACAGCUUUAUCACCCAUAGAGCAUUUUGUGACGCCUUAGCUGAAGAAAGUGCAAGAUUCACUUCCGUUGCAGCGGCAAACCUAAAUUUCAGAAAUGAUAAUGUGAACCUGCCUCAUGGAUUUGCUGGCCGAGGAGUUCAAGAUGUUGCUGGAAUUCCUCAAUUUGGUUCCGGUUUUGCACAAGAUUUUAGUGGGACGCCUUCAGCAGUUUUGCCUGAGAUGGUUCAAAUGGCUUCAGGCGAUCUCUUUGGCUCAUCUUCACUGAACAAUUUCGGUAGCCAGGGUCACUUCCCUGGAUUUAACAAGAGUGGUGCAACAUCAACAAAUUCGAAUCUCUCCUCAUCGCCAUUGCCACAAGGGUUAAAAGAAGAAGGUGGAAAAAAAGGCGAUUUGAUGGAAAGCUUGUCGUCUCUCUACUCAGAUACUCAAAACAAGCAAUCCAAGCCUGCUGCACCCAUGUCAGCAACAGCACUUUUGCAAAAAGCAGCCCAAAUGGGUUCAACAAGAAGCAAUCCUUCCUUCUUUGGAAACAGUUUUGGUGUAACGAACUCAUCUUCUUCUCACACGGCGAGUUUAAGUACAACUCAGAAUAGAAAUGAUCAGCUGCAUCAGGUCUAUCCAGAUGUGAAACAACAAGAGAAUUUCAUGGCAUCAAGUAGUGUAUCAAUGAGUGCUGAUGCAGGUCUUGGAAGUUCAAAUUUGAAUUCAAUGACUAGUGCUACAAGCAACAACCUUGAUCAGCUCAUGUUACAAACAGGAGCAAAACAAAGUGACCCAAGUCAAUUAAAGAUGCACCCUAGUUCAAAUUCCAUUGAUCGAAGCCUGACUAGAGACUUCCUUGGCAUGGGUAAUGAUCAAUCUUCUCGUCCAUUUUUACCCCAAGAACUCGCCAAAUUUGCAUCAAUUGGCUCGACCAUGGACCUGAGUCAAUUCACCAGCAGCCACUGAGCUCAGCUACCUUUCCAAAUACCGUUACAGGCUUACAGCUCAGUAUUAAAAAAUGCUGCAACAAUAUACGAUCGAGGUCCUAUACAAUAUAUAUAUUGUAUUUAUAUAUAUAUCUGCAAUAUAGUUUUAAAAAAAGCUCAAAGUUGGGGGCCGAGUUGGAGUCUCGAUGUAUUGGCAAAGCAAAACCAAAUUAACCCCCUGAAAAGCACAGAAGCUCAUCUUGUGAAUGUUCAGUGGAACUGCCGAGGGGGGUCGGUGAAGGGGCCCCAAUUCCAUGUUUGAAAUGACUAAACAUUGAGCAAACUCCAAGUCAUGCAUGUACUCUUUGUUGUUUUGUUUUGUGUCUCAGCUCUCUUAUCGUUUUUCACCAUUUUAUUGUUAUUUUUAAUUUUUUUCCUUUACUUAUCUUGGUUAGUAGUACAAAGUACCGACGCUCUUUUUCGGAAUUGAGUUUGGUUGACUGUCGGUCAAAGAAAUGCGGCUUAGUCGACUCAUCUUUGGUGGGUUUAGGGUUUGGACAUUUGUUCAAAAGCCUGCUUUCGUUUAUAUAUUUUUUAAUGUUAGGUAUGUAGAGGAGACUUCGAUAUUAGCAGCCUUUACACGUUUCUAUUUUGUUUUUUUUUUCUUUUUUCUAUAUCUUUGUAUAUUUAUUUAGUGUAUAUAUCAUCAACUAGGAAGGCAGGGAAGGUAGGAAGAAUCCGGGGCUGCAAGAUAGACCUUAUUGUAAUGAGAAAUCUAGUGAAAUUAUGGGGCCAUGUAUGUGUUACUUAGAAGUCAAGGAUAGCCGUCGAUCUGUCAAAUGUUAAAUUGAUGGAAUUUGGAAAAAUAUCCCGGAAUUAUCCACAAAUUUUUUCCUUUUAUAACCAUUUGUAGACAAUCUUAUGAUGUCUUAUAAAUUUUUUUAUUAGGAAAAGAAGCAAUUUGAUUCGUAUUCUCUAAUUCAAAUACUUACUAUUAAGUCA